GAUCAUGAUGAGUGUCCUUUUGGAUUACGAACAUGACUAUCAUUAUCAUGACCAUGACAAUAGUUCCAACCACAGUGACUAUGAUGACAAGGAUUUUGACUUCCACACAGUCUGCGACAAACAAGAGGUCCGGUCUUUUGCUGGGGUCUUUUUGCCAGUCGUCUACACCCUAGCAUUGAUCCUGGGCCUGGCAGGAAACUCGCUGGUCAUCUUAAUUUACCUUUCCCACAAACGCUUACGGACGCUGACGGACGUUUUCAUCCUCAACCUGGCGUUCGCAGACCUCCUCCUGCUCCUCACACUGCCCUUCUGGGCUGCGGAUGCAGUGAAUGGCUGGGAGAUUGGCACAGCCGCCUGCAAGAUCACUUCAGCUCUCUACACCACUAACUUCAGCUGUAGCAUGCUGCUGCUGGCCUGCAUUAGCAUAGACCGCUAUCGUGCGCUAGCCAGAGGCUCCACCACCGCCAACGCCCCAGCCAGGAGCAACGCCCGCAGGCAGAGGAUAAUCAUGUGCCUCAUGGUUUGGGGACUUGCCAUUGUCCUCGGAUUGCCAGAUAUGGUGUUCUACACGGUGAAGAAGCAGCACUCGAUUGGGCGUAAUGCCUGCCGGGCAGUUUACCCACACAGCAUGGCGCGGGCAGCUAAAGCAACUCUGGAAAUUCUGGAAGUGUCUCUGAGCUUUCUUCUGCCUUUCCUGGUGAUGAUGUUCUGUUAUUGCAGGGUUGGAAUUGUGUUGGGUCAAGCCGCAACAGCGGGCGUACGUGGUGGAAGGAGAUGGCGGGCAUUUCGGGUUUUGAUAGCAGUAGUAGGUGUGUUUCUGUUGACCCAGCUCCCCUAUAAUGUGGUAAAAUUAGUCAGAGCCCUGGAUGUGAUCUACAUUUUAGUGACAGAAUGUGAGGUGAGCAAAAACCUUGACCGGGCCAAUCAAAUCACUGAAAGUCUGGCCCUCACGCAUUGCUGCCUGAAUCCUGUGCUCUAUGUCUUUAUUGGCUCAUCCUUCAAAAUGCACAUUCUGAAGCUUGUCAAGCGCUGCGGGCAGACAGGAAGAGGGUACCGCCAUGGCAAUGAACAGCCCACUGUCGAGAUCUCCCUUAAGUCAGGCACACAAACUCACACUCACUCUUCGUCGGACAAUGAAGACACGAGUACGUUCACCAUAUGACACCGCAAUAACUUCAACAAUGAGGACUGCCAACUAUAUUCCAGGACAUUAAAAAAAUUUAAUUUUAAAUUUUAAAUUUUAAAAAUUAAAGUUUUUAAGUAACUUUGACAAUAACAGUCGUGUACAGAGUUCAUUAAGUUCGAAGUAUAAUUCAGUUUUGAUGUGAUCGCUAGUGUAUGCGUAUAAAGUUGAACACGUUUCUUUUUCUUUUCUUUUGUUAACUUACAUGAAUACUUGCACUAAACACAAAUUCACUAGUUUAAUUUGUGUUCAGUGUCCGCACUAUUUCCAGUCAUUUAAACUAGAGUUGCAGGUUUCUUUUAACCCCUCUCAAAUAGGGAUGGGUCACGAUUUUCAAAUAUUCGAUUAGUUAAUUUAAUUAUCGAAUAUCAAAUAGGUUGUGCGAUUAUUGUUUUAAAAAGUUCCCAUGUUUGCGAGAGAAAGUAUUGAAAUAUAUUUUUUCCUCCCAUCUCGUAUUUAUUCCCUUUAGGGGCUCCAUUUUUUAAUGGAAAUGACCUAGCCUUAUGAGCGGUUGAUUUAUGCUAAUCGACGGACUGUUAUGUUAAUAAGUGCAGUCAUUCAGUUAUGUUUAUUAUAUUACAUUUUUCAGCAUGCUACCAUCAUUAUAUGGCUUGAGUUAAGAUAGCCUAUCUUCUAAUUAAUUAAACUGUUUAUUAUACAGAUUGAAAGCAUGAAUGUUCUCUCUCCCUCUCUCUCUGUUUAUGGCUGUGUAGCCUAUACGUGCGUGUGUGCAUGCGGGGAAGGGGUGCGAUUUCCGAAUAAUAAUUUAAGAAUUCACAGCGAUCUUCGAAUAUUAUUUUUGCUUGAAAUGCCCAUCCCUACUCUCAAAAGUUCUCAUCAAUAAUGGCAUAUAUUAUUAUUGUUACUGCCGUCUCCAUUAUUUUUCAACUGUAAAACGAAAGGCUGGGCCAGUGUUGCCAACUAUGAAAAAAACAUUAAGGUGCAUGUAUGAGCUAAGCAUUCAGAGUAUGUGUGGUUAGAAAAAUCUGGCUGAACAUACAGUAUGCAUGUACUAUGCUGCUGAUGCAAUUUACACCACACACACUGUACGCAUACUGCACAUAUGUAAAAAUCUAAGUAUACUUUGGCCUUAAGAUUAAUGCAUUAACCAGAAACAUUCCACUUAAACAUCUUUUGUUAUAUGUUUAAAGAUCAAAGUAUGCUGUUUAUCAGAAGACUUGCAUGGAAUCUGAGCCCGCAGAAUUCCAUGGAAAACUUCACAGAAUAUAUCGUUAACAACACUUGUGUGUUUGUUUAUUUCGUAUUUUGAUUGCUAAUACUCUCUGCUAACAAACAAUAGUGCCAUUACUCAGUUUUAGCUAAUAAUAGUCCACAGAAUCCACAAAAUCAGUGCAUUAACCAGGAAAAAUUUAUUCUAUGUGGGCAUAUUUAUCAGUUAUUAUACUGACCACUUAUAGAAAGUGUAUAGAGAACUCAGGGAUCUUGUGUAGAAAAGAUACCCUGCAUACCAGACGUUACAUUUUGUAUAUUAUAUAUCAACAAUGUAAAUAUAUUUUUAGAUUAAAGCAUACUUUAAACACUUGGCCUUGUAUUGAGUUUUGGUGUUAUUUCUGGUUUGGAAUUCCAUAUGUGCUUGCACAGAAAAGUCUGCAGGAAAACAAAGUAUACAAACACACACAAGUCACAUGUACAGAAGAUUAUGCUUUACACACAGGAUAUAAGCCACAGCAUCUGAUUCUGGUUGUAAGUGUGUGGUUUUGAAGGAGAGUUUGUGAAUUAAUGGGAAGGUUAUUAUGACAGCACAGAUGAUAUUUGGAAAGCAGAUUGGAAAAAGAGGUUCAUGAACAAAAGUGGUCAACCAUAUUUUUUCUUUAAAUAUAAUAAAAUAAAUGGGGAAAAAAUGAAAAUAAAUAAAAGCACAAAGAGAGAUAAAUUAUUGGCUUAAUUAGCAGGAUUUUAGACAGCCAUAUGUUGUUACAUUUAUUUCUGAAUUAUUACCAACAAUUAUGAAUUAUUAAUGUCUUGUGCUCUGAAAUUACAGUUCAGCCCUGAAGUUCUAUCUCUUUAAAAGAGACUUGCUGAUGAUAAUCCGCUCUGCAAAACUAACGGAAUGCAUAGUUAAUAAAAAAAAACUGGAUGACUAGUAAUUUCUUACUGCUAAAUUCUGGAAAAAAAACAGAGGUGUUAAUAAUAGGGCCUAAAACCUCUGCAAGUAAUGACCUAGAACACUGUUUAACACACGAUGGUUGCUCUGUCAGUUUUUUAUCAUCAGUUACGUAAUAACGUAGGUGUGCUAUUUGAUAGCGAUCUUCCCUU